AUGCUAGAGGCCCGUCUACCACCGACUACGGCAUCUGAGCCUUCGUCACGACCUUUCGUGACUCUGACUUUUGCUACCUCGCUCGAUUCUUCGCUAUCCUUGGCACCUGGCGUCCGCACUCGACUUUCUGGGCCUGACUCUAAAGCCAUGACGCACUACCUUCGUUCCCGUCAUGUUGCAAUCCUUAUUGGCGUUUCUACCCUUCUGGCUGACUCUCCGGCUCUCAAUUGCCGCAUCAGUGGUGCUACGAGCCAACCCCGGCCUAUUGUUAUUGAUCCCCAUCUUCGCUGGAUUCCUAGCCAUGCAGACAAAGUCCUGGAAGUGGCGCGUCUUAACAAUGGCCUGGCUCCCUACGUACUAACCGGAGUGGAUGCCCAGAGCUUACCUACCACGAGUGUCGCAGUACUCGAGGAGCAUGGCGGCAAAUACAUCCACGUACCUACCACAUUGGGGCCUAAUGGCCGAAUGCGCUUCGACUGGCGCGAUGUGUUUAACGCUCUACUUCACGAGAAUCUUCCCAGUGUUAUGGUAGAGGGAGGCGGUCAGAUUAUCAACUCAUUGCUCGAUCCUCGGUUUCACGACUCAAUUGACUCUGUAAUUGUUACCAUUGCACCUACUUGGCUUGGUCAGGGAGGAGUAGUAGUGUCUCCAGACCGUCUUCAAGACCAAGCCGGAACCCCUAUCCCAGCCGCGAGACUAUCCAAUGUCUCGUGGCAUCCUUUCGGAGAAGACGUUGUCUUGUGUGGCACGUUGCACAGCUAG